AUGUGUAAAAAUGAACCGAAAUGUGCUCAAUGUGAGGGCAAUCAUUACUCAUUAGAUAAUCAAUGUCAAGUUAUCAAAGAAUAUAAAGAUCAAUUAAAAGAGGAUGUUGAAGAUGUGAUACAAAAAGGAUUAUUACAGCGAUUAUCACUGCAAGAAAAAUCACCUAUGUUCGAACUUCAUGAUCAAGAUUUUCCACCAUUGACAACAAGUGAUAAUCAUUCUAAAAAACAAUGGAAUAUUGCGCAACGACAUACAACUGUCGAGUCGAAUUUUUUACGUUCAUCCGAUACAGAAAAAGCAUUUGAAUCUAUCAAUGAUAAUUUGGCAAAACUUAUCGAUAUUUAUACCAGCAACGUUAACUUCUGGCAAAAUUGA